UAGGCCCCGAGCGGGGCGGGACGAGGGUGGUGGUUGUGUUCUGCCCUCGCCCUUCGCCAACGCUGGGCUGACUGAAAACCUGGCCGUUCAUGAUAAGUGCCCAGGAGUGCAAUUGCUGAGUCAUAUGAUCAAAUGAUGCUGUUUGGAAAAGUUUCCCAGCAGUUGUGUGGAUUAAAGAAACUCCCAUGGUCAUGUGACUCCAGAUAUUUCUGGGGCUGGUUGAAUGCAGUGUUUAAUAAGGUGGAUUAUGAGCGCAUCAGGGAUGUUGGCCCUGACAGGGCAGCAUCCGAGUGGUUGCUGCGCUGUGGGGCCAUGGUACGCUACCAUGGUCAGGAGAGGUGGCAGAAGGACUACAACCACCUCCCAACAGGCCCUCUCGACAAAUACAAGAUUCAGGCGAUUGAUGCCACCGACUCUUGUAUCAUGAGCAUUGGAUUUGAUCACAUGGAGGGCCUAGAGCACGUUGAAAAAAUAAGGCUGUGCAAGUGUCAGUAUAUCGAAGAUGGCUGUUUGCUGAAACUUAGUCAACUUGAAAAUUUACAAAAAAGCAUAUUGGAAAUGGAAAUAAUAUCCUGUGGCAAUAUCACAGACAAAGGCAUCGUUGCUUUGCGUCAUUUAAGAAACCUCAAAUAUUUGUUGUUAAGUGAUCUUCCUGGAGCCGGAAACCCUGGCCCCUGUGUGGCAGCAGGAAACAGCAGGACAAGGGCACCUUUAGGAUUCAGGGAGAGGGGGCUUCAGGAGACAGAUGUCCCUGGGACCCUGGCUGAUAGACCCUGUGACCUGUGUCCUAGUGCUAGAAUGAUGAUGCUGGAGCUGAAAGCCACAACUGCCAUUCUGAAGUCAAGGUUCCAACUCUGUGUACCAGGUGGCAGCCUACUGUUUAAAGAGUCUCCUGAUGGGCAUUCGUCAAUCUCCUUUUGGCCAUAUAAGGCUAUUUUGCUCUAGUCACAUGCUGAAGACAAUCAGGAUUAACACUAUAUAUGGGAGGAAUGACCAAUGUCAGACAGACAAACCAGUUAAAGAGACAUACAACUGACAAAGGCUAAUUGAGCAGAGAGGCUGAGAAAAUAAGAGCCAGCCAAGCCCAGCAAAAUAAAUGACUGCAGUGCAUUGUGUGUAUAAAGGUGGCAGUGUGUGAGCUGCUGGCUGGAGUGACUGGCCAGGCUCCUGUCACCAAACACAGACCUGGUGCUGUGGCCAACUUUCAUAGUAUAGUAGUAUUUUGGACAGGGAACCAGCUCCCGAUAACCAAUUCUGGAUUGUGCACAUACUAAUCAUUGAUAAGAGUUGGAGACAAGAGCCUCAGUUUUGGAGUUCCCUACGUUCAACAGGAGAAAAAAAAAUCCUAAAGCAGAUUUGUAUUAGCCCUUGACAGUAGCCCCUGUUGCACCCCCAUACUCCCACCCAUGCUCCAUAGCUUAAAUAUUUCUCUUGUUCUUUCUGUUGGUUGAAUCUGAGCAUCACUGGGGAUUGACAUGCCAUUGCUGUAUCAUUGAGCUCUUCUGUCUCAGCAACAAUGCCUGGAUGAUGCUGACUGGUUGGCUGUGAUAUGCUAGGGCCCAUCCUGCCUGCUGAGCAGUUUCCCAACCCUAGAAGCAAGCAGGCCUCCCCGUGACAGGGUUACUGACAGGCAGAGGGAUUGAGGCGCAGAUGUUCAACCAGUGCAGCCCCCGCACUCCUUCCUGUGUUUCUGUCAACAGGAAAUCUGCAGGACAACCUCUGGGAAACCAUGGGAAGCUUGUUACAUUUAUGAAACCUGGGUUAUUUCUGAGGCUUCACCAACAGACAAGUGAACAGGAAAUCACUAGAGAUAUUUAGUACAGACCUGGAAAUGUCCAGGUCACAAGGAAGCCAGAUGGGUCACCUCCCAUAUGCCAGGUGUCAUUCCUGCCCCUCUGUCCCAGCAAGACCCACUUCUAAUGCUAGUGCUGCAAAAGGAGGAGGCAACAGAGAAGCAGAAGCCUUCACUGUGGGACAAGCCAAGAAGUCAGGGAAGAAAUAAAACACAAGUGGUAGAGACAGACGUUCCAUCUGGAAACUGAAGGGUUUAGUGAGCAGCUGGAAGGUUAGUUUCAUUUUGAAAAUAUCUUCUUCAGACAGUAGAAACUCAGGAUUUUACAAACUUGUUCUGAAAUGUUUCUGAUUACAAUACAGCCUCAUUAGAAGACAUUCAAAAAUAUUUUAAAAAUCAUAAAGAAAAAGUUACCCCCAAAAUCCCACCAAAAAGAGAUAACCACUGUUAAUAUUUUGAUAUAUAUCCUUGCAGCCAUUUAUUUCACAGACGUAAAAAUCUUUUUGAUUUCCUACAUGUUGCC